AAACCGCGUUCAAUUGCAAAAACGACGAAGAGAAAGAAGAAAAUCAGAAAAUAUGCGACGGAUAACAAUACAUGUAGACAGUCAUUGCGCACACAGACGAAAGAAAACCUAUGCAAAGAUUGCAGAUCGGACGGAAAUGUAGAAUGACCAAUACGACAACAAAGACAGAAGAAAAUACUAUAACUAUGCACAACUAAAGAAAGGGAAGGAAAGAAAGAAGAAAAUCGUGAAGAAGGUAAAGGAAAAAAUCCCCGAAGAAAGAAAGCAGAGCGACGCGUGAAUAACAAGACAGGCUCGUGAAGCUCAACACUACAUUAAUUGAGCGUUCCUCGACACUUGGCUGAGCCACACAGACAGGGGAUCUUUUCGUCCUCAUGAGGGAAGUGAUAAUCAUAAGUGAUUUCGUCCCCGAGCUCGAUAUCCUGUUUCGCGUAGAUGACGAUCUUCUUCUCACCAUUGAUCGUGAUAAUCUUCGCGGUACAGUUUGGAUCACAGGAGUGAUUGAUGAGACGUCCAAGAUUCCCUUUCUUCGUAGCAUCCACAACGAGGUCCUCAUCAAUACGGAAGAGAUAACUGCUUCCAAUACCCUGCCGCUCGUACAACUUCUCCCUUCGGUCUGCGACACUCGCACGAACAAUCUCGCCAACGUACUCAAUAACCAUCUCACCGCGACUGAUGCGUUCCAUAGCAUAUAAGCCCCAAUCGUGAAUCGGCGAACGAGCAAAGCGCAAGUUCUUCUUGCGUGUCUGUAACUGGUUGAACUUGGUCACCUCAGUCGCAGCAUUCUCACCCUUUGAUAGCGCGACGGCGAGUUGUAACUGGUUCAUCUCUUCUAGACCCUGAGCACGGCGACGGGCAUUCGCGCGAUUUGAGCGGGAAGAAGUAACGUGUUGCUGUGGCGCAGGAGCCUCCUUCUGAGCAGGUACACCUGGCGCGGUACCACGCAAAGCAUACUGUGCGACAUACGCCGAUUUCUCAGCGUGCGAGAUCUUGUAAUAACCUUCUGACCGCGCGGAGCCUGUGACGUGUUUGCGAAAGGGAGGAGGUGCGUUGGGAUCCGAGGGUGGAGUGAUUUCCUCUUGAACGUUGAAGUCUUCCCUAUCAACGUCCGUAGACAGCGCAAGCAUCGCAAGGAACAGGUCUUCGUCAUCGUCUAUGAGCUCAUUCAGUGAAGACUCAGGCAAAGGACUAUAUCGUUUUGGCGACGGAAGCGGCUUCUCAAUGACAGCAGAGGGCGGAGGGACAGGAGACGGGAGAACAGGCGCCCAGGUCGGUGAAGGGGAAACGCGCACUUCGGCUACAGCUGGUGCGUCCACCUCCAUCUGCGGAGGAAUGACUAAUUCUUCUAAAACAUUGCGAUCUGCCUUCGUCUUCUUCGCGCGCUUUUGAGGCUUCUCUUCCUUCUCCUUUCCCGUCUUUUUCGCUUUCUUCGCCGGUGGCUUUCUAGUCUUGACGGGUGCUGUGACAGGUAGUGGUGGAUGCGCCUCUGCCACUGUGAUUGUGCCUUCGAAGUGGUCCUCUGCGAUCUUGGUACGUUUCGCAGGAGGCUCGUCUACGGGUCUUGGUGACAGUGACCUCUUACGCUGCUCAGGAGAAACAAUAGGCGGUUCAGGAGGUGGAACGUCCUCGACAUGAGUAGGAACAGGAACAGGCUCAGGCUUGAUAUCGACCUCCUCAUCCUCAGAUUCCACUUCUCUCUCCUGUACAAUCCGCUUCUCUGCUCGUUUCCGCCGUUUUCGGGGCCGUUCCUCCUUAUCAGGCACUUGUGACGAAUCAUGAGCGUCAUCGGCUAAAGUCACAGCAACAAGCGGCUCCUCGACCUUUGUUACCACGAGACCGACAUCCACGGCGUAAUCAUCCAUCGCAACAGAAGCGUCUUUAUCCAAAUCAGGCUCGGUUUCAAGUUGGGAAACAACAGCCUCUGGUUUCUGUUUCCUCUUCUUGAACGACAGUCCCUUGAGCCCUCGACGCUCUUUCUCAAUAUCGCCCUUUUCAAGCCGCGUGUCUUGCUGGCUUUCGAAGCCAGGUGUUUGCACCUUGUCCGUCUCUGGGUACUUUCCGCACCUAUCUCUGUCUUCAGAGAUCAUCUUCCGUAUCUGUGCGCUCACGAUACGCUCCAUAACGUCCUUCUCAAGUAACGUACGCAGCUCCGCCAUCACAGACCUCCCAGCUUCGGCAACAAUCUCCUCUGGUUUCCACGUCUUCCGGGAGUCCAUACCCUUCUCGAGACUCGUGGGUGACAACUUCUUGACAUCUCCGGGCAACGGUGCAGGAUGUACCGAAACAGAUACACUCCGAUUUGCCAAAGUAUGCGUGCCGAUGGCAAGAACCCUAGCCGCACGUCCGGCGGCAUCCGGCUUUCGAAAGGUAAUAUACCAACCCGUAUGAUCAUGCAAGACCUCAUCAACAGGGAAUCCCUUGAAAAACUCACGAACAUCGUCCUCCCGUGCCGCUCCCCCACUUAACUGAGCUUCAUCAAUCUUUGCGUGUCCAAAGCCAUUCUUCACAAGUGCCUGCACGACCACUCUAUGCCUCGCCUCUUGAUCUGCAUGGGAUUGUCGCUCAUCGGGCCGACGAGCAGCAAACGUAGGUGAAGGUGAUCGUGAUCCGCGCGGCGUACUCGUGGAUGUAUGCGUCGGCGUUCGUGAAUGUGAAUGUUGAUGAACCAGACUAGGCACAAGGCCUCGUGGUCCCCCUCUGCCUCGCAUCGCGUGAAUGGGCGUCAUAGGACGUGAGUCUGUAUCGGGGGUCUGAGGUCCGUGCAUGUUACUCGGCAUGAUCUGUGACACGGUUGACCGAGCAGCGUUCAUCGCGCGUGCACGGACGAGCGACGGGGGUGGUUGACGGCGAGCAUCUUGAUUUGAUCCAUGAGGUCCGAGACGAUUGGAAUGGUGGAAACCUGGUCCGCGCGGAGGGAAAUGGGAAGGACCAACCCGAGGAGGAAGGUUAGGUGAAACGUGGUUUAGAGGAUUAAUGGGGAGUGUGUGACCAUGUUGAUUGACAAGCGGACGUUGGUUGGGAUGUUGGGAUGGAAAGGGCCGUCGAGCCAUAGCACCCGAGUGUUGAUGACCUGGCAUUGACGGAACCACUUGUCCAUUUGCCGAAGGAGUCGAAGCGCUCAACCCGGGUUCACCACCUUGGGCUUGCAAUCGUUCCCGCUCCUUUUCUCUCCUUCUUUUCUCCUCGUACAGUGUAACAACAAGCUUUAAUAGCUUCCCUUCAUCGUCAAACACCACCUUCACACAAUCCUUCUCCGAUCCCGUUGCCUUUGCACCCGCGAAGCUAACAGUCAGGCCUCCACCAAUUGCUGCAAGAGUGAAAUUCUUUCCCUCUUCGCCCUCGACAGCACGUUUCGCCUCCUCAUGUGUUGCAUACGUGAUCGACGCAACACCCAUUUGGCCGCCCGUCGCUCGGUCCAAUUCACGCUCAAACGACAUAAUUGUGCCAUAUUUCUGAAAAUGUUGUCGGAUCUUGGCGGUCUGUGUGAGUUCUGGGAAACCAAAAACGAGGAUGUUCGUUGGAGGCGCAGGUCCACACGAGUUGGAGUCAUGCUCGUAAGUAGUCGCAUGAAAUUCCGCCCUAAUCCUCCCGCCUUUAAAUCCUGGUUCCUUGCGCGGGUCGCUCGGGCGCGCAUCCUGUUCACUUUCAAUUGUCUCGCCAUUGUACCGGUAAAACAGGACCUUCCCCUUCCCCUUAUCCUUUAUCCUAUCUUCUGCACCAGCAGCACGAGCCUUAUCCAUGAGCACCUUCAUUUCCCCAAAUCGAUCCUUAUCACAGGAGGAAUCAAACAGGAGUCGAUAAUCCGGGUCCGCAGCGGGAAUGUAUGUUGAACGGUCGGGCAUGAGAGGUGGUGACUGGAGAGAAUAUCGCUUUUGCCGAUGUUGGUGCCCAGGAACGCUUAUAUAUUUGAUAGUGACGCCAUCCGGCAAAGGUGUGGGCGGGCACUCUGGUGAAGGUGGUCGAGCCGGUUGGGGUGGAACAGUCGGAGGACGAGGCUUCUCAUGCUUUGACGAUGGGGGAGACUUAGGGCGAAAUUGUAUGGAGAUAGUUCGACGUGGAUCUGCUGGAGGUAAGGGAGGAGGGGCAGAUGAAGGUGGUUGGGGCUUGGAGUUCUCUGAAGAUCCCGUUAGGACAGGCGGUAAGGGAGGAGGGGCUAAUCGUGGUUCAUGCGGUUGGGCAGAAGGAAACUUUAUACUUAUGGGUGAGCGGUUAGAGGGAACCUCCGCAGGAGGUGGGGGAGGCGGGCUUUUCGGAGGCGGAGGUGGCAGUGGAGGUGCAUCACCGUUCGGUGGAGGAGGCGGAGGUGGAGAAGAGGACGGUGAGGGCGGACGCUUCGACUGUUGCUCUGGAGGCGGCCCUAGAGGCGGUGGUGGAGGUGUUUGUUUAGGAGGUGGAGGCGGAGACGUCGAAAGAGAAGACGAUACGGGAGAUUUGGACGAUGUACCAUUCAGCAAUCGCUGGCGCAAUGCACUCGGCCCAGUUGGCGGUUGGCUUCCAUUUGUCCAGGGCGUCGUUGCAGGUGCUUUCCUCUUUGGUCCUGACGGAGGUGCACGGGUGAAUCCAGCUGCAUGUCCAUUCAAAUACGUCUUUGCUGCUGGCGCCGUAGGCGGCGCUCUCCCGCCAAGUCCAUUCACCAGACUACGCGGACCCGUAGGCGGCGCAACGCCUGAUCCCGAAGGCUGCCUACUUGACGAAGCGAUCGGCUGGUGUCCGUGGUUGGACUGUGAUGACCCCGCCGCGAAUGGCGCCGAUGCACGAAGUGCACGCGGACCUGUCGGUGGCUCCUUCCUUGACAUAAAAGGUUGAGCAAAAGAUUGCAGGAGAUGGGUUGAUUGCGUGAAUUUUAAUUUUAAUUUUUGGUGAGAUGAGCUCGGUGUGCGCCGCCACGGCCGCCCACACUUUUCCGCUCAAGAGCACUUGUCAACGGCGUUUACUCCACAACGUGGUCCUUGUUUGCCUUUGACGACAAAGGUGGUAUAAAGGUUGACAAGUCAGAAACACUGGCAAGACAAUUAAUUAUGAGACCGUGCUCGAUUGUCGUCGUGCCCACUGUGACACGACCAGACGGGAGACAGCUGGACUCACCACGCAACCAACCAGUCAAAAAAUCGCUCCGAUGGCGGGUUACGAAGAGUAGACAAGGACGAAGGCACGGGUCGUAAAAGAAGAAAAUUGAUGUAGGCCUGUCCGACGAUGCCUGCAGCAGGAGCGUGACAGGUCGCAACGACGACAGAGAAGACAAUUCAACAAUGCCACAGACUCUGAUGCCUUUGCUUUCCUUCUUGCUUCAAAGGACGACGGAUGCGAUGAGAGUAAAAAUUAAGGCGAGGAGUUGGCAGUAAGAGAAAAAAAAGGAAAAUGAGGAUUUUAGUUUGUCGUUGGCUUUGAGCGUGAAGGUGGAGGUUGACGUGACACGCGGCACGACAGUCUCGUAGUGGCUCGCACUUUGCAGCCAAAACUGUCGGCACGCUGCGACAAUAGCAAAGGUGUCGCUGAGUGCGAUAGAAUGACGGCGAGCGGCAGGAAGAAGGGAGAUGUGAUGAUGGUUGGAAGAGACACGGCUGGACGCGGGGACUGGGGACGCGGGCGUCUGUGUCGACUGCCUGUGCGUAGGAGAGCGUGCCAAAUGAGGCUCAAACACAUCUAACCCCGUCUUUUGACGCUCUCUCGUGCUCUCUGUUCUGAUGUUCCCCCCUCGUACGUAUUCCAGCUCACUUUCUUCUAUUUCACAUCCAUAACACAUGCACUUUGAUAUCCAUUAUGCCUACUAUUCCAUUCCCUCACACGUCCCUCAUUCAGAACACCUUUAAUUACUCACUCAUCCCCCCUAUCACUACGCGCACACUCCCACGACGAAUGCCCGUCCAGUCAGUAAACCUAAUAACGCGUGUAAAACGAUGAUGAUGCGACAAUUGUGUUGGAGAGGAAUGUACCUACCAUGUGCGCGAGGCAGUGACAGACCAACCUUCGCAAACAGUGACUUGCGCCAUCAGACGGGACACGGUCUGAGACGAGCCACUACUUAUACAUAUCAAGUGGUGACGACGAGGGACGAAAUGAAUGUCGCCAGUGCGUUCAGCAGACCUGUCCGUGUGACCAUGAUGCCUCGUCUCUUUAGUCAUUGAUGUCACACUCACGCUCGCCUUCUCCCGACUCGAUGCGCGUCGCGUCACCGUGACCUCGGGCGGAACUCAAUUCUCUGCUCGGAUAUGCAUCCCGUUCUUGUCAUAUUGGCGAAGCACAACUACUUUACUACAUUCGCCCCCGACGCAUGGGAGCUCGUGCUCUUCUCUUCCCUCUCAUCUUUUAACACAACGCUCAUCUGCCAUGCUUACGCGUGUCCAAGUGCAUAGAGGUCCAGCGUUUAAACGGUACUUUGUCCGUGCCCUGUCGAGCAGAGCAAGCCGCGUGCUUGCCAACCUAGACUUGCCCACGUCCGACAGUGCAGAGCUGCCAGGUGUCUAUGACGGAGUCUGGGGAGGCAGCGGUGACGUAUUUGAUAGCGUCUGUCCUACUACCGGCGAAACUCUCGCUCGAAUCCGAACUGCAAGUCCGAAUGAAAUGCAGACAGCACUGUCAAAGUCCCGAGAGGCAUUUUUGUACUUCCGGAAAACACCCGCUCCCAAGAGGGGGGAUAUUCUGCGCCAGAUUCGUGAAGCUCUCGCUCGAAAGAGAAAUGAACUCGGUGCACUCGUUUCCCUCGAAAUGGGCAAAAUCACGACUGAGGGCGAAGGCGAAGUCCAGGAGUUUAUUGACAUAUGCGACUAUGCGGUCGGUUUGUCGAGGAUGAUGAACGGUAAUGUUGUCAAUUCAGAGCGACCUGGACACACAAUCUUAGAAGUGCCAAAUCCUCUCGGAGUUGUCACAGUACUCUCCGCAUUCAACUUCCCUGUCGCCGUCUACGGCUGGAAUCUUUCCCUUUCCAUGGCAGCAGGGAAUGCAACUCUUUGGAAACCUUCCCCGUCUACCCCGCUUUGUUCUAUAGCUGUCACGAAGAUCAUUGCAAGUGUACUUGAACAGAACGGUAUCCCUGGCGCCGUAGCUGGUCUAGUGACUGGAGGGAAAGACGUUGGUGAAGCCAUCACUGAGAGCAGGGACGUCGACAUGGUCUCGUUUACCGGGAGUGAGGAAACGGGCAAGAAGGUCGCGAAAGCCGUCCAGUCCCGCCAUGGGAAAGUCCUUCUAGAACUUGGUGGAAAUAAUGCUGCUAUUGUGAUGCCUGAUGCAGACUUCUCGCUCGCCAUCCCUGCCAUUUUCUUUGGUGCAGUGGGCACAGCAGGCCAACGUUGCACCUCAACCCGACGACUAUACCUCCAUCGUUCCAUUGCUUUACCUGUCCUCGAGAAACUCCAAUCCCUCUACAGCACACUCCGCCCAGGUGAUCCCCUGGCGCCGAAUACUCUUCUUGGUCCCCUCCACACCCCAAGCGCGCUUUCAGUGUUCGACGCUGCCAUCUCCGCUCACCGAAACGCAGGUGCCGAGAUCCUCGUUGGCGGCUCACGCAUAACCAACUUAAAUACGCCUCUCGCAGGAGGGAACUUUGCCCAGCCCACAAUCGUGCGUCCCAUCUCCGCCGACCCACAAGCAAAGACCGAAAGUGGGAGACUGUGGCGUACAGAAACGUUUGCACCUAUCUUGCAAGUUGGUGUGUUUGAUGAAUUGGAGGAAGCGAUUGAGUGGAACAACUCUGUUCCGCAGGGGUUGUCGAGUAGCCUUUGGACAAGAGACGUACGUGCUGUUGGAAAGUGGAUUGGACCGGAGGGGUCGGAUGCCGGGAUAGUUAAUGUGAAUGUCGGAACAAGCGGUGCAGAGAUCGGAGCAGCGUUUGGUGGGAACAAGAGCACUGGCUGGGGCCGCGAAUCAGGCGGUGACGCAUGGAAACAGUACGUCCGAUGGAGCGCUUGCACGAUUAACUUCUCGGAUGCUGCACCGCUUGCGCAAGGCGUUACGUUUGAGCCAGCGCCGUAAUUGGUAUUAUUAUCUCAAGAUACCUUUGCAUUUUUACCUCUGUACUUUUGACUGUGGAAGCAAAGAAGUAGGUGCGACCGCACAGGGUGCAACAAUGACAGUCGGAUUUGAAAUCAAGGACCUUACUACAUGUACGAGCCCGUUUUACUCAUGUAUAGUAAAUAAACUCGUCAAUAUCACACAACGAUAUAUUUGUAUACUACAGAGCUGCAGCUGUGCAGGGCUACAUGCAAUGUAGUUUCAGCUAUUUCUCCUG